GCCCUUUUUGAUUUUUCUUUUUUCACACCUAUUUCUGUCAUGAACGUUUUUUGUUGAUUUGUUGAAGUUUUUCAGUGGAGAUCUAUCCUCGUACUCUUUUUAGGCGACUACCACACACUGAAAGAGUUGAUGGUUCGCGAUGAUCUGAAUGUGGUCUUGGCCUCCAGAUCUUGUGCCUUAUUGGGCAACAUGAUGAAGUACAAGAGUGACUUCUCUUUAGUGCUGAAGAAACACCCUCCUCUGUUGGAUAGCAUAGUGCGCUGUCUUCAGAACGAGGACUCAAAUGUCAGAAAAAGUGCAGUAUAUGUGACUGGUAACGCAGUGUUCCACACUCAGGAACUGUAUGGCCUAGUAUCGUGUGCAAUUCCCCAUCUAGUUAAUUUGCUUAAGGACACCUUCGCCAAAACACGCAUCAGUGCAGCAGCCGCUCUGGGCAAUCUCUGUCGUCAUUCUGGAGUGCUGGCCAAUCACAUGCUGAAAAGCAAUGCAAUCUCAUUGUAA